CCUCUUAACACAAAACCAGUGUCUGUCUUCGCUUUCAGUGUACUCCAAAACCUCCUCUUCCUGAUCAUGACUUCACUCCCACAACCCCAACUACUAAUUUCACCAAACCCUAACUUCUACUUUCCCCAAAUUCCCAUCUCUUCUUCAUCUUCUCAUUCUCCAAAUUUCCAAUUAUACAAUAACCCCCAUCUUCAAAUCUUACUUGCAGACAUCUACAAUUUUCAAAAAAGCUCACUCUUUUCAUGAAAUUACACUCAUAUUAAACAUGGGUUUCGCUUGAAACAAUCAAACUCCAAAUCCCUUUGUUUGAAUUUUGAUUUUCAGUUCAGAUUUUGAUCAAAAUACUCAAAUCUCAAAACCCUAGUUAGAUUAAUUUGGCUGAUUUUAUAUAAUUUUAAGAUCAUGAUUGGGAGAAUAUAUGACCAGAGAUUAGAAUGGAAAAGAUGUAUACCAGCAUUAGUAUCAUCACACAGAACAUUGUUUACAGUCUUAUGGAUCAUGGGUUUUGCUUCAUUAUUUAUUUGGCAAAGGAACCUUCUAGUUGAUGGAUUAUGGGGUUUGAAAGUUGAUGCAAAACCAAUGCCAAUGUUGAGACCAUUUGCAUUUAAUUUGACUGAUUUUGGUGGUAAAGGUGAUGGAGUUACUGAGAAUACCAAAGCGUUCGAGAAGGCGAUUAUGGAGAUUGCGAAGCUGGGGAAGAAAGGUGGUGGGCAACUUAAUGUACCACCUGGGGAUUGGCUUACGGCGCCGUUUAAUCUUACUAGUCAUAUGACUUUGUUCCUUGCUGAAGGUGCAACUAUACUUGGCAUUGAGGACGAAGCGUUGUGGCCCCUUAUGCCUCCUCUACCAUCAUAUGGAGCUGGGAGAGAGCAUGCUGGACCUCGAUAUGGUAGUCUGAUUCACGGUCAGCAUCUGAAGGAUGUGGUUAUUACAGGUCAUAAUGGUACCAUCAACGGACAAGGUCCGUCUUGGUGGAAAAAUUACAAACAAAAGCUUCUCAACUACACAAGGGGACCACUUGUGCAGAUACUGUGGUCAAGUGACAUCCAUAUCUCUAACAUAACCCUACGUGAUUCUCCUUUCUGGACGAUCCAUCCCUAUGACUGCAAGAAUGUUUUCAUCACAAACGUCACCAUCUUAGCUCCUGUCUUUGGUGCUCCAAACACAGACGGGAUAGAUCCUGAUUCAUGUGACAAUGUGGUGAUAGAGGACUGUUACAUAAGUGUAGGAGAUGACGGAAUUGCAAUAAAGAGUGGUUGGGAUCAGUAUGGAGUUGCUUAUGGUCGGCCAUCUACAAACAUUCUCAUUCGGAACCUUGUGGUUCGUUCUACAGUAAGUGCUGGGGUAUCUAUAGGCAGUGAGAUGUCUGGUGGAGUUUCAAACAUCACAGUGGAAAAUGUUGUUGUCUGGAGCUCAAGAAGAGUCAUGAGGAUCAAGACAGCCGCAGGAAGAGGUGGAUACAUUCAAAACAUCACCUACCGAAACAUCACAUUUGACAAUGUGCGUGUAGGAUUUGUGGUCAAGACUGAUUACAAUGAGCAUCCUGAUGCAGGGUAUGAUCCCAAAGCCUAUCCAAUCCUCGGUAACAUAAAUUUCAUCAAUAUACAUGGUCAGGGAGUACGUGUGCCAGUCCGACUUCAUGGAAGUCCAGAAAUUCCCUUGAGAAACCUAACAUUCCGGGACUUCUCAGUUGGAAUAUCAUACAAGAAAAAACAUAUCUUCCAGUGUUCAUCUGUACAAGGUCGUGUCAUUGGUUCAAUCAUCCCAGCACCAUGUGAGAACCUUGACCUAUAUGAUGAGCAAGGGAACUUGAUUAAACGCGGUGCACAAAAUGUCACUGAUAUAGACUAUGAUUUCUGAGGAUCUUAUGGUGGACUGAAUUUUACUCAAGAGGAAGUUGUUCUUUGCCUGAGGCUCUAAAUGAGCAUCGAUAUACCAAGCUUCAGUCAAUCUCGUGUAUGUAGCUACCAAGCAGUAAAUAUAAGGAGAGAAGCAGAUGGGGAGCAUUCUGAAGAAGCUCGUUCGCGGUUAUCAACAGGUCAUCCCCGGUUUCUUUGAUGAUGAUGAAAUGUUUGCAGUAGUUUGUGUUAGUAAACCCUUCUAUCCAAAAAAUUUUGCUUCCGAGAAGAGUUCACGGGUUUCUCUCCAUUGAAUCAAUCAAUUGAUGUGUAGAUGUUAGAAUAAACUGCAUCCUGAAAUGAACAAAUCUAAGAUUCAAAUUUGUAAAUGUUUGUCUAAUAGAGUUGUCGAGGAGUAGAUGUGAA